AUGCUCGCCCUGCCUGGGGAAGAGGCGGGCCCAGUCUCUAGGGAGCCAGGUAGAGGCACCUCCCUGGGCCGAGCCCUCGGAGCAUGCGCGGUGAACAGAGUCCUCGGAGCAUGCGCAGUGAACCGUGAGCCUUACACAGCUCUCUCCACCCGGAGCCCGGCGCACCUUGAAGAAGGCGGGACUAAACGUCGUAGCUCUUGGGAUCCCGAACUUGGAAUCCAUUUUGAUCACAUAUGGCAAAAAACUUGGACAAUGUUAAACCCAAUGAAGCCAGCAGAUGGCAGUAUUAUGAAUGAAACGGACCUCACUGGACCCAUUCUUUUUUGUAUAGCCCUGGGAGCCACCUUGCUUCUGGCAGGAAAAGUUCAGUUUGGUUAUGUGUAUGGCAUGAGUGCCAUUGGCUGCCUUGUGAUUCAUGCCUUACUGAAUCUGAUGAGCUCUUCAGGGGUGUCAUAUGGCUGUGUGGCCAGCGUGCUGGGUUACUGCCUGCUCCCCAUGGUCAUCCUGUCUGGCUGCGCCAUGUUCUUUUCAUUGCAGGGCACCUUUGGAACCGUAUCAUCCCUGGUCAUCAUUGGCUGGUGUAGUCUCUCAGCUUCCAAGAUCUUCAUUGCAGCCUUGCACAUGGAAGGACAGCAACUUCUUGUUGCCUACCCUUGUGCCUUACUUUAUGGACUUUUUGCCCUCCUAACAAUUUUCUAAAGAAUGUUUGAGACAGCAUUU